UUCCGUCAGUGAACACAUUACUUGGUGGACCCGUUUGGAAUGUUGGCAGCGCUGCGCGAGCGCAGUCUUCAGACUGCUUCAAGAGGCUGCACAGAAGAGGUCGCGCGAUCACACUGAACGCGCAAACCACCACCGCGCCGUUCGGAGGAGCUUCUGUCGGACGUAACGUGGAUGCUACUGCCAUCGCCUUAGGAAUUUAAGGCAUCGUAUUCUUUCAGAAUAGCUAGAAAAUGGCCAUCUCCACCACUGUGCUACCAUCUAAAUGUUGUGGUUGCAGUUUGCGUACGAGUUCUAUAAGCAUAGGAUAUUUCACUCUGGUUAUCUCGAUUACCUUCCUGGGGCUUACAGCUGCUGGUGGUAGUCUGCUGAAUAAGCAUUUCUGUUCUGGUGCUGAGAUUAAUGGGGCUUGGCAAAGUGUUUGCAUAAAUACCAGUGAAACACACAAAUUGGUGGUGAAUCUGGUCGCUAUCCUUGCUAUGUUAAAUGCCACUGAAGCGGUGCUGAGUAUUGGUCUGAUAUGGGGUGCUACUAAAAGAUUAGAAAGUUGGGUGUCUGGGUGGAUAGCAGUGACAACUUUUUGGAUUGUUCUACAUAGUACACUAGCCAUUGCGUAUGCCUUUGCUGCAAGGGACGGAUGGGUGAUAACUCUAACAGCUGUAUUAGGAAUAUUUUUUCUUGGAACGGCUCUAUUAGCGAUGCUUACAGUACUAAGUUAUCGUAAAGAAAUGCUUAAUUCAUCUUUUCGCUACGCUGUGCUUGGCGAGCCAGACUCUGGAUUUCAUGGAGUCUCUGCUCCAAUACUACAGACAAAUAAUAUACUGGGAACAAAGGCUUUUCCAGAGGGAGUUUGUGAUGAAACAAACUCCAAAAUGUUUACUUCUGAAAAUGAAGUAGUGAAGUAAAAUCAUGUGUAUUAUGUAAAAGAGCUUUGUGUCUGUUCAUUACCGUUUUCAUUGAAUUAGUUGUAGAGUACUUCGCUGCGUUAGUUAAACACUCUCUUUAAAAUAUAUUUAAUAGUUUAUAAAAUGCUUACAUACAUUAAAAAUAUUUUGUAACAUAUACUUGGAGGAUUGAUCUAGAUUCGAUGAUUAGUAAGAAUUUGUCGUAGUUGUUAGUAGUUUUAAUCCACAAUACAAUAAAAAUAACG